AUGGGUCAGGGACUUACGACUCAGGAGAAGCACAACAUCAAGCGUGAAAUCUACACGCUGUAUCCUGGCCUAGAGCAGCAGCUCGAAAUGGCAUUCAGUUGCCACGACAUUGAAGGAGCCCUUGCGCUGCCCUACGCCACCCUAGAGCCCGUCAUUCGUCAUUUGCUCAUGCAAUAUGGACUUAUUGAAUAUGUGACACGCUUUAGCAAAGAAUCUGGCGCCCUUGACCCUUCCCACAUACGCCAUGAACUGGCGGAGUUUGGAGUGGCUACGACACGUCUGUUUGGAGACGCAGCACUCAGCGUAGAUGACUUUAAAAGCCUUGCAGUUGUUUGGCUGAAAAAGAUCCUGGACACUCACGCCGAUGAUCAGGCAGAGUGGAUGGAGAAGCUGCGCGCCGACCAAGAAGAACAGAGUGCCAACUAUGCAAGGGCCAUGAAGGAGUUUCAGGAACAGUAUGUCAAGCAGCAAGCAAUCUAUCAACAGGGCCUUGAAGAGCAACAAAGACAAAUACAAGAUUGGAACAGGCUACUUGAGGAUGCACAAAAGACCCAACAGCAGAUAUAUGAUGAAGAAGUACGAAGGAUGAAAGAGAUACAAGACCGCGAAGCUAGAGCAUCUGAGAUAGCACAGCAAGAAGAGCUGGAGCUUAUUCGGAAGUAUCAACAUAAACUUGAAGAAAUUGCCAAAUCCGAGGGAGGCAAAUGUUUCGUCUACCCAGCAAGCAAAACUCCUUACGGCGCUUGCGCGUCCGCUGGUGCUCAAGAGCCAUGCAGGCGAAAGCGAAAUCAUGCGCGCAAAGAAAACAGGCUUGCUAAGGGCUGCUGUUAG